CUGAGUGGGACCGGGGGUACCGGGCGCUCCGAGCCGGCCGUGGGGCUCGGGGAGCGGCCACAAACCGGGUCCCCCGCCUUGGGGAUCCUCCGCCGCGGGCCAUGGCGGCGGCGGCGGGUUCCAACUGGGGCCUGAUCAUGAACGUGGUGAACAGCAUCGUGGGCGUGAGCGUGCUCACCGUGCCCUUCUGCUUCCGACAGUGUGGGAUCCUGCUGGGAGCCGUGCUGCUGAUCUUCUGCUCGUGGAUGACUCACCAGUCCUGCAUGUUCCUGGUGAAGUCGGCCAACCUCAGCAAGCGCAGGACCUACCCCGGCCUCGCAUUUCAUGCCUAUGGAAAAGCGGGAAAAAUGUUGGUGGAAACCAGCAUGAUCGGGCUGAUGCUGGGCACUUGCAUCGCUUUCUACGUCGUCAUCGGCGAUUUGGGCUCCAACUUCUUUGCCCAGAUGCUCGGAUUGCAGGUGUCGGGCGCGUUCCGGAUUGUCCCGCUCUUCGCCGUGUCGCUGUGCAUUGUCCUUCCCCUGAGCCUCCAGAGGAACAUGAUGGCCUCCAUCCAGUCCUUCAGUGCCAUGGCUCUCAUCUUCUACAGCGUGUUCAUGUUCGUGGUUGUGGUGUCCUCCUUCAACCACGGGCUCUUCAGCGGGCAGUGGCUGCAGCGAGUGAGUUACAUGCGCUGGGAGGGCAUUUUCCGCUGCAUCCCCAUCUUUGGAAUGUCUUUUGCCUGUCAGUCUCAGGUCUUGCCUACAUACGACAGCUUGGACGAACCGUCUGUCAAAAUCAUGAGCUCCAUAUUUGCUUCUUCCCUAAACGUGGUCACCACCUUUUACAUCAUGGUGGGCUUCUUUGGCUACGUGAGCUACACCGAGGCCAUUGCUGGGAACGUGCUGAUGAACUUCCCCUCCAACGUGGUGACGGAGAUGAUCCGAGUGGGAUUCAUGAUGUCCGUGGCGGUGGGGUUCCCCAUGAUGAUCCUGCCGUGCAGACAGGCGCUGAACACCCUGCUCUUUGAGCAGCAGCAGAAGGACGGCACCUUUGCUGCCGGGGGCUACAUGCCCCCGCUCCGCUUCAAAGCCCUGACGUUGGCCGUUGUGUUUGGAACCAUGGUGGGAGGCAUCAUGAUCCCAAACGUGGAAACAGUCCUGGGCCUGACAGGUGCGACCAUGGGAAGCCUCAUUUGUUUCAUCUGCCCAGCUCUUAUUUACAAGAAGAUCCACAAGAAUGCGCUUUGUUCACAGAUUAUCCUGUGGAUUGGGCUGGGAAUGCUGGUGAUCAGCACCUACACCACCCUGUCUGCCACCGAGGACACCCCUGUGAGGACAGAAGCAGUGGGCUUGGAGCACCUGGACAGAGAGGAGAACAGAAUUGACCAGGAUUCAGUCCAACUUCCAGAGCAGAACCCAGUGGUGGAGGAGCCCGAGGAUGACCGAGACAAACCCAAAGUGCCUGAGGAGAAGGAGGAGAUGGAGCAGCCACAGAUCAAGGUGCCCGUGCAGGUGCCCAAGAGAGAGGAGGAGAGAGGAAAGGUGGAAGAGAAAGUGCAGCUGGACCGUCCUGAUCAAGGGAUUGCCCUGCCCGUGGGGGAAGCUCAUCGCCACGAGCCCCCGGUCCCACAUGAUGAGGUGGUUGUGGACAUGGGGCGAGAGCGGGAGGAAUCCGACGAGAACAAAGCGGGUCCUGGGGGAGCCCACGACCGUCUGCUGGAGGAGCCAGCCAGGCUGAAGCCCCAGAAGGAGGCGCUGGGCCCAAAACAAGGGAAGGAAGUGGCUGCCGAGAACCAGCAGCGGGGGGGGACUGGCAGGCCCGUCCCAAAUCCGGAGAAGGUCCCGGAGGCAGCGGUGCAGCAGGGUGGAAGGCCGCCCUACAAGGAGCUGGGGCCAGGGGAAGGCAAGCUGGAAGCCAAGGCACAGGCAGCCGUGCUUGAUGAUGACACCGCCGAGGCUGCUGAGAGGGACAGGUCACAGCUCCAGCUCCCCAGGAAAGCAGAGGAGGCCGCAAAGCCCAUGGAGAAGGAAGCAGACCCUGGUGAAAAGCAGGAGCUGCCCCUCCCGGAGAGAGCAGAACUGCUGGAGAACCACCGGAACACCGAGGAGAAGCAGGAGAAGGCAGAGGAAGCAGGGCCAGCAAAACUGCUGGACCACAACAUGCUGCUGCAGGUGAUCAAGGAGCAGCAGGUGCAGCACAAGCAGCUGCUGGACCAGCAGGCCAAGCUGCUGGCAGUGAUCGAGGAGCAGCACAAGGAGAUGCACCAGCAGCGGCAGGAGGAGGGGGCAGAGGAGAAGCCAAAGCCAGAAGCGCAGCCGGAGCCUGCCGUGCCCCUCUCCAGGAGCAGGGAGGACGAGGGCCUCGGGGCCAAGGGAGACACGGCCGGGAAGCCGCAGAGCAAGGAGCAGCCGGAGCAGCGCCCAGCACAGCAGCCCCCCGAUUCCACCCAGCAGCACAGGGACAUGGUGGGGAAGCUGGAAGAGGCCGGGCACAGGCGUGACAUUCCUGUGGCUCCUCCCAAGGAGUGGAAGGUGCCGCUGCAAGAGAAUGACAGAGCUGUUAAGAAUCCCGUGGAGAACCGGGAUCCCGUCCACGGGGAUGCCCAGCGUGUUCCAGCAGCCAGAAACAACCUGGAGAAAAAGCCCUUGGCGGAGGAUUUUGGAGGAGAACGUGAAGCCAAAGCUGGAAGAGAUGUCCACCAGAAGAAGAAUUUCCUGAAAGCUGUGGAAGCAGCUACAGCUCCCAUCCAAAGAGAACAGCCGGGGGCUGCCAAAGUUCAGGGAGUAGCAGGAAAGAGUUUGGAAAGAGACUCAGGAACAAACCUUAAAGCCAAAACUCUGAGUCAGGUGGAGCCCAAGGAGCUGGCAGCGGCACCGGACUCUUCCAGUAACAGGAACGUGGCAGCGGGGGAGCAGCACCCCCGGGAGCGGGAGCGGCAGAGAGGGGCACAGCCUGAGGGAGCGGGCGGGCGGCAGCGGGACCUGCCUGGCCACGGGCACGGGAAGGAGGAGGAUCCCCGGGAGGAGCCGCGGGGCCGGCAGGGCCGUGGCGGUCCCUCCAACGGCGCCGACAGGAAAGCCGGCCCUCAGGACGCUCCAGCGCAGAAGCCCGAGAACGGAGCGGCCGCCCCCGGGGAUCCGCAGCAGCCGGAGCUCGACGUCAAACCCAACCGCGACCUGAAGCUGCAGGGCGGCCUGGACCUGCGCCGCAGGAGACGGGACCUGCCGCCUCCCGACCAGGAGGAGGAGGAGGAGGAUGGCGAGGAGGAGGCGGCCGCACCGGGAGCCGGGGGGGUCCUGAUCGGCCUGAACCCCCUUCCCGACGUGAAGGUGAACGACCUGCGGAGCGCGCUGGAGACGCGGCUGAGCCGGGCGGCCGAGGGCGCGCAGCACCUGGUGCGCAGCCGCCACAUCCAGCAGGUGACGCAGGACGGGAGCCCGUGAGGCGGCUGCGGCAGGGACGGCUCGGGCUCGCCCGUGUCGCUCAGGCAUGGAGAGAGAGAUCUAAGCCAGCAGCGCGUUGCUCGGAUCCACAGGAUCUCCCUGGAUCCCUGAGCACCACCCUGGGGGCUUCCACG